CAAGUGACAGUGCAUGUCGUUGUCAAUUGUCACAAAAGCGCAUCGAUUUUCGAAACAAAACAUAAAUAAAACGCAUUCAUUCCCCACGAAGCGGUCUUUGGCUAACCAUCGUUUACCCAUUUUGUUUAUUUCAUCACCAAUUUUCACAAGAUACUUCUGUGAUGUCAAUUGUAAAUAUCAUAAUUAAUUGGCAGCUAAUGUCAAAAGCGUGAAGUUUGGUGGCGGGAAUUGCACUUUGUUGAUUAUUUGCUAAAUUCGCCACGCUGCCUAGGUCCGUGAUCAAAGUUAUGAAGAUCAAACUGCCGCGAGACCGUUUCCCGUCGACUUCCUCGACGGAGGAUAACGAGAGCGGCACGGAUUGGGACGCGGAGGGUCGCCAUCCUGCCAUGACACACCCUCGCCACCCACCACCACCUCAGAGAAUGGAAAGCACAGACUGGAACACGGACAGCCGUCACCUCGCUAUGACGCACCAGAGACACCCUCCACCCCCACAGGCGGUGAUAGUCGGCUCCGUGCGCAAGCGACGCGGCAACCUACCGAAACACUCCGUGAAGAUUCUGAAGAGAUGGUUGUACGACCAUCGCUACAAUGCUUACCCCAGCGAUGCUGAGAAACUGGCGCUCAGUCAGGAGGCCAACCUUACUGUGUUGCAGGUCUGCAACUGGUUUAUAAACGCCCGGCGACGUAUCCUCCCCGAGAUGAUCAGACGCGAAGGUCACGAUCCCCUCCACUACACCAUAUCACGGCGCGGCAGGAAGCAGCCGGGCGCCAUGGCAGGGGUAGGGCCUAUGGUGGGAUUGGGUGGGGCUUCCACGUCAGGGCUUGGCGUCACACCCGGAGACAGUGUCACGGUAGCAGCGUGGGAUGGAAUUGUUGUCGAGAAUGGACCAGACGGCCGAGCGCAUGACUACGGAGACGGCCUGCUGGUCUACCGCAGCGACGGUGACGAGCUCGGAGACGGCGAGGAGGGCUACUCCAGCACCAUCAGCGAGGAGGAGGUCAAAUACGAUCCCUCUGUCUGGCAGUCCGUCAUACGGUAUGGACCAGAAGACCACGACCUGCAUCCAGCCGCUAGGGACGAGGCAUGCUUUCCCUCCCACAGCAGAGCAUCAGUCGUAUCAGUGGCCACGACACAGGUAGAACAAUCCAACGAGCCGAGGGACACUGAUUCAGAGCAGUUCUGCUCCAGAGCAGCCAGGGCUAUUGUCAAACGCUGCAGUACGGCAUCGAUGGUGACAGUGUCGACGUCGGAGGAGAUGGUGGAGCAGGUGCCGGAGCCGGUGUCGAGCAGUGAGGACGGGUGGCAGGCGCUGGCGCACCCGCAGCUGGCGCACCUGCCGCAGCUGCCGCACCCGCUGCGCGCGCGCCGCAUGCAGGUGGUGCCGAGGCUGGAGGGUGAUCAGGACAAGUUCAAGUGCCUGUACCUCCUGGUGGAAACGGCAGUGGCAGUGCGCCAGAGGGAGAAGGAGCAAGAGGAGGCAGUGCUCCCUGUUUAAUAACUGUGCCUUACGAACUAUUUUUUCAUUCUAUGUUAUAAGAUAAAAUAAAUCGUUCUUACGGUAACUGGUACUAGGUAGCAUGCAGAAAGUGUUAAGAAUUAUAAAAUACUAUGAUAUGAUCAAAUGAAAUAAGGACCAUAUGUGUUUUUUAUACGAAAAGUUUCAAUAAGUUGUGAAUCUCACGAACAUUUUCCACAAUCAGUUUUCUUCGUCGUAAGUGAUGUUUUUGUUUAAGCCUACUUAACUAGGAGUUAAGCGAAUUAUUUAAUAAUUUUGUUAUUUUAGAAUAAUGUAAGUAAACGAAUGAAAUACGGCUUUUAGGAUAAGAUCGUACAUGAUUUGUUAAGUGAAACAUUAAUAAAUUUAAUUCGUAA